CAGAAGUUGGCCGCUACGUGCGAUAUUUACUUGACCCCCUUCUGUUGUGUGGGAAACUAUAUAUAUAUUCGACGUGUAUUGGAACAUUCCGUCCAUUCAGAAGGGAAUUACCAACAAAACAACUCACCGGACUUGUGCGAUCAGUUUAGGAGUGACAUUUAGUACCUAAAUCAAACAGUAGGUAGCCAGAAAUCUGUGUCGAAACUCUACUUUGUGCGUUCUGCAGUAAGUUGUUCUGAUCAUCGCAAACUCACUUUUUAUCAGUUUAAAAAAGGAGUUUACAGUGUAUGUUUUUUUUUCUCCAAAGACCCAUCACAGUGAAGUGCACAGAAUUUUAAUCGGUGAUCAUCCAGCCGAAUCCGAUUUGUACAUACUGUUAUCUAUUUCAGUAAAUGUGUGCCUACUGCGUAUCAAGAACCUAUUCCACUAGUUAGCCAUCUGAAAAUCGAAGUCACUUUGUUAACACGGAUUAGGGAACCGAAAAAAACAAGCAAGGAGAAUCAGUACUGCUAGAGUGUUAUUUUCUUCAUCGACGGUUUAAAAACAAGAAAAUGUCUUCUCCAAAUGGGACUGUUGGCGGGAGUAAAACCAUUCUGUGGUGCGUGCCGAGGGCGAUUUCUACCGCUUUCGCUAAGUGUCUCAGCUUCAUAGAUGAGAGCGAAGUGUGGUUCGAACCGUUUACCUACAGCUAUGUCGCAAGAGUAGAGUAUAAACUGCACACCAAGCUCGAUAUCCCCAUGGAAUAUGAGGGUAAUGAGGAGAUCUUCCAGAAGGCCGGAAAAUGGUGGAUAUGAUUUCACAAUCAAAGAAUGAAGCUGAUCGUCUGCCAUACGGAUCGGUGAAGCGUCGUCUUGAAGCUAGUAGUACCAAGCAUGUGUUUGUCAAGGAUAUGGCCUUUGCGAUGACUGACGGGUAUCGUCAGUUCCUACCUAAGGGAUACCGACAUACCUUCCUCAUCCGCAACCCCCACCGCUCUAUCCUUUCAUACCGAAGGUCCAUGUUCAAGCAGUUCUCUGAGCUAGGAUUGUUAGAAGGUGAAGCUGCCGACGAGAGGACAUACGAUCUCGAGCGUGAUGACCGCUUUUUUGCACCGGGAUACUUCGUCAAAGAGGUCUAUGACCUUUGGAAGUACCUCCAAGACGAGAAGAUCGAUCCUAAACCUAUCGUGAUCGACGGUGACGACCUGUUGACGAAACCUGCCGAGACGCUUUCGGCGUACUGCGCUGCCGUGGGGUUGCCGUAUAACGACAGCCUACUACAAUGGGAUGCAUCACUUGAGUCUUUCAAGACCAUGAAAGCUUGCGGUGAUAAUCUUCUCAUGGAUCUCGCGAAUUUCUACGGAACAGCCAUGAAGAGUAGCUGCUUUUUCCCGCCCAGCAAGAGCCCAUCACGUGACCAAAUGCCGGCUGACGUCAUCAGAUGUUCUGACAAAGUUAUGACCUGUUUUGAAGAAAUGUAUGAAAGUCGAUUGAAAGUUUAGGGAGGUAGAAAUAAAGCAGUGUCAAGAGACGUACAACAUUAGAUCUGAUUGAUACACGAAUCUAGAACCUUUCUUCUUCUGUCUUUCUAUAUAUAUAU